AUGUUCACGGUGUUUCUAUGUAUUGUGGUGUUCAUACUUUGGUCUUGGUUAAGACCUAGGCAUGGUGCACCUCCUUUGAUACCUGGAUGCUGGCCGCUUAUAGGACAUUCUCAUCAGCUCAUUGGAGAUCGUAAAUAUCUAUGGAAACGAUCACAAAAAACUGGCGCAAUAUGUCGCGAAAUGGGCGGAGUUGCGGCAUUUCUAGUCGGCUCUUAUUCAUAUUAUGUGAUAAGUGACCCGGAUGACUGCUUGGUGGUAUCAAAUACCUGUUUAGAUAAACCUUACUGCUACAAUUUUAGUAAGAGGCUUAUGGGUAAUGGAUUGAUUACGUCGGAAGCCUCUCUUUGGAAAAUUCACCGUAAACUGCUGAACCCGGCGUUCAGUCAGCAAAUGUUAACAACGUUUUUGCAUGAAAUAAAUACUCAAGCACGAAGUUUUGUCUCUCAGUUAGCUUCAAAAGUAGGAGAAGAACCAUUUGACGUGCGCCCACAUUUUGUCAAAUUCACACUGUCGACUGUUAGUCGGACCUCACUAGGGCUAAGCGCUGAAGACCAAACUAUCAUAAACAAUGAGUAUGCAGAAACAGUGGAAGAAUUAUUCGCAGUGUUCUGCAGUAGAUUUCAAAAAGUAUGGCUACAUUUGUCAUGUUUUUAUAACAUGAGUGUUUUGAAGCAGAAGGAAGAUCAACUCUUGAAGAUAUUGCACGGAAUAAUGAAUUAUGUAAUAAACAAAAGGAAAACAGAAUUGAAAGGUAAUAAGGAAUCGGAGAUAACAUAUGACCCGAAUUCAGGUAAAUUCAAACCAGCACUAGAUCAUCUGCUAAACCUAGCUGAAGAACAAGACGCGUUCACAGAUGAUGAGAUCAGAGAACAUUUAGACACCAUAGUGGCAGCCUCUUACGACACGACAUCUUCGGCGCUUACUUACACAUUGAUACUCCUUGGAUCUCAUCCUGAUGUACAGCAAAGAGUGGUUGACGAAUUGCGAGAAGUGCUUAAAAAUAGAGACGUUGAUGUUAGCAAAGAUGAUCUACCAAAGCUAGUGUAUUUGGAAGCAGUUAUCAAAGAGUCCUUAAGGUUAUAUUCUGUGGUACCUUUUAUUGCCAGAAAAAUUGAUACGCACGUAAAAUUAAAAAAUUACACUUUACAACCUGGCACAACUUGCAUGAUACUUAUGCAUAGUAUCCACCGUGACACCAAGCUAUGGGGUGCUGAUGCAGACCUCUUCAAGCCAGAGCGAUGGCUGGACCCUGAAACUCUGCCGACCCACCCUAAUAGUUUUGUUCCUUUCGGUUUUGGCAAACGACAUUGUAUUGGUAAACUGUACAACAUGUACGUUAUGAAAACUGCUCUUGCGCACAUUUUGCAGAGAUUCUGCGUUUCUGGGAAUAUCGAUAAUGUAGUUACUGAAUACGAUAUUGUAUUAAAACCAGUUUUAGGACAUCACAUUAGUUUAAGUUCAAGGAUAUGAUUUGUUUAUGGUUUUACCUACGAUCGUGAAUAAUUACAAUUAUGCUAAUUAAUAAAUUAUAAAAAAUAA